AUGAGGCGCAUGCGCGCGGUGGGCGGGCGCUGGGGCAGCGGCGCGGUACGGGGGGGCCGGGUGGCGCUCGGUGCCGCCGCCGGGCGCGGCGGGGCCGCGGAGCCGGCCGAGACGGGCGGCGGGCGGCAGGGCUGGCGGGGCGAAUCGCGGGGCUCGCCGCAGCAGCUGGCGGAGCGGUACGCGGACUUGGCGGCCAGCCACAGCGAGGCGCUGCGACAGCGGGAGGAGCGCGAGUGGCACAACGCGCGGCUGCGCCAGGAGAACGCGCGGCUGCGGCUGGAGAAUCGCCGCCUGCGCCGCGAGAACCGCUGCCUCUUCCGACAGGCCCUGCUGGGGCCCGGCCCCGAUAAGCCCCCCGCCGACCCGGGUGAGGAGGCGGAGGCCCUGCGCGCCCAGCUGGGGCGGCUGCAGGAGAAGCAUCGCCGGGCCUUGCGGCACCUGCGGCGCUGCCGGGCCGCCAGCGGGCCCGAGGCCUCCGGAGCCGAAGACGGGGAGUUGGACGAGCUGCUGCUGGACGAGGACGAGCAGCCGCUAGAUAAGAAGAGCCUGGUGCCGGCCGUGUAGGCCACCCGGUGCAGGGGGCGGCGCCGGCCGGCGCUGCGGGCCCUCCCCGCCGCCGCUGGGCGCCACUGGCGCCUCCCCUUUCUGCUCCCGGUUCUGACCCCCGUACAGCACGGGCCUUCUCCUCAGCUCCCUCCAUGGAAACGGGCCCUUCCACGGAAAGGGUGGGGGAGCAGUUUAGGUUUGUUAAUCCUUCUCCCAGAUGUGUACCCGAGAGGUACUGACCGUGAUCGAGGGGAGCCAGGUUCAUGUGAGAAGCUAAGGUUUGGAACACGAGAGGAAUCUCUCAAAGCGGCUGUUGUGGAGAAGAAAACCGUGGUGAGCAGAACGCCUGUAUCUUCUGUCAUCCCACAGCAUGGAACUGUGGUUCCUCUGGAACUGUGGAUCGGUCACCUUUUUUGUCUUGAGUUAGUGACCGUCGUUUAGGCUUCAAGAGCCAUGGAGACGUACUUCUUAGCAGUUGGUGUAUCUUAGGAAGAGGAGUGGAGGAAGCUUGAAAGCUUUUGUCAGCACUCCAGUAAAAGUUGGUGAUAAUUUGAACUAUGAAUUACCUUGGACACUUACUGCAGAACACUUUGUAUUUUUAAUGAUUACCUUCGUUCACCCUCACACGAAUACUGAUUUGAAUUUCAUAUUUUCACACAAAACUGCAGCUAAUAAAUAAACAUACCAUGCACCAAA